CCGCCAAUGGCUUCGUAGCACCGGAAGGUCGGGGGCGCCGCCGCCGCCGCCGCCAUGAACGUGGUGGGGGGCUACCAGGGCCACCCCCAUCCCCACCACCACCACCAUCAUCACCACCACCAUCACCCGCACAGCGCCCUGCUCCACGAGCCUUUCCUCUUCGGGCCGCCGCCACCGCCUCCUGCCCCAGCGCGAUGCUUCCCGGCGGCCGAGCGGCCCUUCGCGCAGGGCUGGCUGCUGAGCGCCGCCGCCGCCGAGCUCUCGCCGCCGCCGCCUCCUCCUCCUCCUCCAGAACUGGUGUGCGCGGCGGCAGCGGCGGCCGGGCUGGGCUCAUCGGGCUCGCCUUCCUCGUCCUACGGCAGCAGCCCCUCGGAGCUUGGCGGGCGCCUGGGGCGGCGGAGGGCGGUGGCGGCGCCUGGCGCUCCCCGCAAGGAGCGCCGCCGCACCGAGAGCCUCAACAGCGCCUUCGCCGAGCUGCGCGAGUGCAUCCCCAACGUGCCGGCCGACACGAAGCUCUCCAAGAUCAAGACGCUGCGCCUGGCCACCAGCUACAUCGCCUAUCUCAUGGAGGUGCUCGCCAAGGACGGCCCCGCCGCCGAGGGCUUCAAGGCCGAGCUCAAGAAGGCCGAGCCCCGCGAAGCCAAGAGGAAGCGCGACCUGCCGGCCGAGGUUUACUCGCACUCUUUAGGCCCCGGAGAGAAAAGGCUUAAAGGCAGGACUGGCUGGCCUCAGCAGGUCUGGGCGCUGGAACUGAAUCAAUGAUACCGGCUCUUUCGAGACGAAAGACCCAACUCCACGGUUGCUGGUCGCUCCUCUCUGCCUGACGCCCCCUCCCUGCCCCCUAAAGCCCAACCAUCCUCCGAAGCAGCGUCCGUCGUCGGCGUGGUUUUCUCCUGGCAAGUCGCUCUCCCUCCGGCAGCCUCGGAGCGUGGGAAGAGCCACCGCCUGGCUGUGAUGUGCAAUGAGGAGGCUGCAGAGCGGGGCUGGCCGGGAAGGUGCUACACACCUUACUCCGGAGGAGGAGGAGGAGGAGGAGGGAAGAGCUCUCCCUCCCCCAGAAAAUGGGCCGCCAGCUGCUUUGAUCCGCGAUGAAGCCGAGGACUGGGCGCCACUUGGACUCAUCCGCGCCAACAGCCCGCUGCCGCCGCGACGUUGGGAGGAAAGAAGCGCCUUGGGAACCGAUGGGAUGUGGAACGUGUGAAGGAAGCAGCAGGGUGUAAUCGAUGUGGAGACUGAGCGGGGUGGUGGUGUGUAGACCGCCCGAAAUCUCGUGUUGCACAACGAGUGGCUUCAGCCGCAGGAGUGAAACAGCCGACCUUGAACACGUGACUGGGAAGCGAGGGCCAAAUCACACGUGACGUGGGUGACGGGUCGCAUCCUUGCAAACACGCCCGGGCUAUUGUCUUGUGCAGAGAGUAAGCCGUGGGAGCCAGCCGGAUCGGGGUGGUGGGGCUGUAACACCUUGCCUCCCACUGUGGCCACGAUCCCGACCCCCCUGCUAUUUUACACAGCGGGAGGGGGGAGCUUCCAUUGGGCGCUGGUGGAAGUGGGGGGUAUUCAUCCGCUCCCACCCAAAUAUUUCAGUCCAAGAAUCUUUCUCCACGACUUCUUGGCACAUUGAGGUAGACCAAAGUUCCACUCAUCUGCUGCGACUGACUUCAAAGUAUGACUGAAAUUCUAAGUAUGCCCAUGCAUAAGUAGUUCCCUCUGAAAUCAAAUUUGCUUCCCAUCCACGUCAACUGAGAGCAAAUUCAAGGAUAACGGAAUCAGGCGUGCUACCACUUUUUCAAUGACUUUAGAAAUGGCCUUGAAGUAGAUGUCCUCUUGCCAGCGGGUAUAUAUAGUAUUAACCAGAAAAAUUAUUCAUGGCUACAGAUCAUAAGGUCAUUUAAAAUGACCUUAAAGCAGGAGAUGUCCUCUUGCCAGCGGAUAUAUAGA